AUGUCAGCCGCGGUGACAAGUACUACCUCUGGCAGCGAAGCCGUCCGCCUUCCUCUGGCCACGAAGCAGGCUGAAUUACAGCCUGCUCCAGUUUAUGAUGUGUACAAGCUGUCUGACCAGCGUACCCAAACGCUGCGAAAAUUGCUUGAGAAAGGCCACAUCACUGUAGCACCGCUGCGGAAUCCAGAGCUGAUCCUUCAUAGCCAUCUUCCACAUCUUCUAGGCUCUGCUUACGGACUAGGUGCCGAUAGCCAGCAGCUAAUUGAAACUUACGAGCAUGACGUAAAAACGUUGGUGAACAUUGACGAAACAUUCAUUCGGGGUGACAAGAUCUCCGAGCAGGACUGGAGGCAGUUCCUUGGAGACAAGUCUUACACUGUUGCGUACGUCGAUUUUUUCGACGAGAAGGUACGAAGGCGCGACGGGGACUGGGAAAAGGUUGUUCAAGAAUACCUGUAUACGGGACCAGAGCCUCUCAUCAAUGGCUUCUGUGGUGGUCUUGCACAUCCUUUUAUCCACCUCGCGUAUGGGUAUGAGUUCCGAAUACCUGAAGUCGUUACGGAGGCCCUGAGUCUUGGGUGCACAGAGUACGUCGUUUGCCACGGAUUGCUGGAUAACCCUCCCCCAAUACCUUCAUCAUACAAGACCAGCGACCUAGCAGAGGUCAUCAAGCGCGUGCAGCGCGAUGACCGUUUCGAUGGGAUCGUCCCAAUGCCGGGCACCGUGAACUUCGGCAUCGUGCUACAGAAUCGCUUUGAAGCUUUUAUGGAACACUGGAACGCGUGGGAGGUCAAAGAUCCGAUACAACAACUCGAGCAUUGUUGCGACCUGUCGAUUUUAUUGGCAAUCGGUUCUGGCUACGGUGAUGGAAAAUACGACUUCUUCUAUGCCCAUAUUGCGACUGUUGCUCAUGCCAUCCGGGUCUUAUAUCACUACUUCCCCACCGACAAAAGGGUCUCAAUCAUACGGCAGUAUGGUUUCUUUACUAUCUUGAUCUACAUCCUUCAGAAGAGACUGCUCUUCGGAAUUGAGGAAAUCGAGUCAGUUGAAACGAGCGGCCGAGACUGGAACUGGAUCACGGAGAACGCGCUUAAGCACAGAUGGGCGCUGGAUGAUCACUUUUUCAAGGUCGUUCGAGCUACGAAAGCAUUUGCAGAAACCUACGGAGAAAAGAAUGACUUUUACCUCAAGGCAGCCAUCAAGUACGUGACCGAGUUUAAUGGUUGGGAAGGAUUUGGAGAAGGCGUUAUGGGUUUUCUUCCCAGUAGGGAUGGGUACAUACCAGCGUAA